AUGGACGUGUAUAUGAGCUCCAAGCAGCAGCCCCAGUCCCUUGGAGAAGCACCGAGAACGCCAUGUAGCUGGUUAGAGGCAGAGAAGAAGGGCGCUCUCCAGAAAGAUGGCACCGAGGGCCCCCCAGGAGAUUCUAGCAAGAUAAAGUUAUCUCUUCAAAGCCACCAGAGAUUUGUUCCUACAAAUUAUGCCAGCUACACUCAGGAGAAUUAUCUGUAUGCAGGCAAGAAGAUUGUCAUUCAAGAAUCAAUAGAGAGUUAUGGAGCCGUGGUGUGGCCAGGGGCUACAGCUUUGUGUCAGUAUUUGGAGGAACAUACAGAGGAUUUGAAUCUCCAAGAUACUAAAAUACUUGAAAUUGGUGCUGGACCAGGCCUGGUCUCCAUUGUGGCCAGUAUUUUAGGGGCUCAAGUCACAGCAACUGAUUUGCCUGAUGUCCUGGGGAACCUUCAGUAUAAUCUUGUAACAAAUACCCUAAAAUGUGCAGCUCAUCUGCCUGACGUGAAAGAACUGGUGUGGGGAGAAGACCUGGAACACAACUUCCCCAAGUCGACUUUUUAUUACGAUUAUAUUUUGGCCUCUGAUGUGGUCUACCAUCAUUACUUCCUGGACAAGUUGCUGACCACCAUGGUAUAUUUUUGUCAGCCAGGGACAGUGCUGCUUUGGGCAAACAAGUUCAGAUUCAGCACCGAUUAUGAAUUUUUAGAUAAAUUUAAGCAAGUGUUUGAUACAACACUCUUGGCUGAAUUUCCAGAGUCAUCAGUCAAACUUUUUAAAGGAAUACUGAAAUGGGACUAAAUUAAACAAAAUGCCUUUCAAAA